GUUUCUUACCAAUAUAUUAUGCAUAGUGGUGAGCACCUCGUUUAUAUUUGUGCUCAUCCCCACCUGCUCUUCAUUGAUGAGGUUAAGCACGUGUUGGGCAUGACGAGACUAAAGACGAGUGGAUGGUCAAUCAUUAUUAAUGCUUAUAUUUGCUUCCGCAUGCUUUGUUAUUUAUGUUGGGAUUACCAGACUUGUUUAUUCAUCCUUAUUGCUUUUUGGGAUUGGUUGAACU